AUGUCUGCCCUUCGUGUCAUUCAAGAACGUCUGCCAACCCUUCUCCAAUCACCUCUACCACAAGAGAUUCUCUCCCCACAAAUAACACUCCACCUCUUCCCCUCCACACAUCCCCACCUCCCCACAGUGUCCGGACGACUUGCCUAUUCAGCAGCUCUUUGGACUUCACCUAUAACAUGGGGCCGCGUGCCUAUUGUUGGGAACGUAAAGCUCGAGAUAUUGUCUGAGCGAAUGAUCAAGGCCUCAUUGUCAGCGUCAAAUCGUCCGGAACAGCUUGUGGUGCGGUGGAGGACCAUUGGGAAGACAAGGGGAAAGGGGACCGGGGCAUUUUAUAAGGGUAUUGGAGCUACUUAUGAUGUGGAUAAGAUCACGGAGUUCCUUGGAGGUGGGAAGGGGGAGGAUGACAGUAAGGAAUUUACUGGACUCUUCAUCUUCGAGUUUGAUGAAGAGGGGAGGAUAGUAAGCCAUACGAUUGAGCAUUCUCAGGAAGGUGGGAACUGGGAACGAGGCGUUGGAGCUAGAGUCGUGGGGUUAACGGACUGGCUCCUGGGAGGAAUGAAGAGGAAUGGGAGAGAUGAUGGCAGCCUAUGUCCUGCAUUCUGGGUAGAGGGAGACAAAGAUGACCGAUUGAGGAGGCGAUGA